AUGGUAAAGCUGGUCGGCAGCCACGAAUUGGUGGACAAGAUCAAGGACGCUGCCGUGAAAAUGUAUAUACAUCAAGGCCAGAAUGGCAUCAUUAUUGCUGACACCAAAUUCGAGUUUGGUUUGGAUGAAAAUGGAAACUUGGCCUUAAUGGAUGAAGUACUUGCGCCUGGACAAUUUCAAAAGACUGUUCGCGAUUCUGGCCUGCACAUAAGUAUGAAGCUGGGCAUAGGCAAAAAGGAGGCUAUGACAGGCAAACUAUGGACGAACAUUUCGUGUCAAAUGGAAUCGAUAAAGCGCUGUCCGAUACAGUAA